UUACUCGUGAGAGCUCAUCAUUUCUGUCCAAAAUACGUCCAACAAUACAAUGAAGCACAGAACUCCACAGAAGUCCAGACUUUCCUGAGGAACCACAAGGAUUCCAUGGAAUACAUUUCGAAUCAUACCGGGAUGAAAAUGGAAACGAUAUACGAUGGUUUUUUCUUGUAUCAGACUCUACUUGCGGAAGACAAGAUGAAUUUGACUCUGCCGGAAUGGACGAAAAAAGUAUAUCCAGAGAUACUUUCCAAAUUUGCUCUGGAAAGGUGCAUUCUAGAGAAUUUCACGCCUGACAUGAAGAAGUUGCAAGGAGGAAGAAUUUGGCAGCAGAUUUUGAAGAACAUGAUAUCAAAAUCGAAGAACGAACUUCAACCCGAGAGGAGGAAGAUCAUUUUAUAUUCUGGACACGAUUAUGUCGUUUAUAAUACAUUGGUUGCUCUGAAUUUGACUGAACCACAUUUUCCAGAAUACAGUGCUGCAGUUAUCAUUGAACUUCAUCGUAUAGAAGGCGAUGAAUAUGGAAUCAAGAUCCUCUAUUCUAGAUCAAGAGAAAGUGAAAUCGAAGUACUGAAAUUGAAAAACUGCAAGGAAAUAUGUCCUCUGAAAGACUUUCUUACAUUGACGAAGCCAUUGAUUCCAGGAAAUUAUACUGCAGAAUGCGAUUCGAACAUUGAUCUGGAUUCUAGAUUGCGAUGA